UAUAUAAAAUUAGUUACAUAAUUAAUAGUCGUUAUAAAGCGUUUUGAAAAUAAAGUCAAUUUGGUAUGGUCAUGUUAAUACUAAAUUAUUACUAUUUUGUUAUUCUACGAAUUCCUGUUAAGGCUACUGAAACAUUGGAUAAAUGUGAUAGAGCUGAUUCUGUUCAAAUUUUGUUUAUGAUGAUAUAGAAAUGAAAUGCAGCAUGAAAGUUUAUUUAAAUACAAGGCUGAAGAUCUAGAAAAAAGUUAUUGUAAAACUCAUGUUUGUGAUAAAUGUAAUCGACAAUUCAAACAGAAGACAAGAUAUGAUAGACAUGUUGCUAAUCAUCCUAGUGAAAAAAAUUAUCUAUGUAGUACCUGUAAUAAAACAUUUACCAGGAUGGCUCACCUAGAGAAACAUUUACAAACACACACAAAUGAGCGCAGACAUGUUUGUCUCAUAUGUGGUGCUGCUUUUAUCCUUUCUCAUCAUUUAGUUAGACAUAACUUAGUUCAUACUGGAAUAAGACCAUUUGAAUGUGAAAUUUGUAAAAAAAAGUUUACAAGAAAAGCUGGAUUAACUCAGCAUAUGUAUAUACAUAAUGGAGAAAGACCUUUUCAUUGUGAUAUUGAAAACUGUGGUAAAUCUUUUAGUGAUAAAACAACUCUAAGAAGACAUUUUCUGACACAUUUUUGCGAAAAACCUUUUAUUUGCAAAGAAUGUGAAAAGACUUUUAAAACUAAAUCUGCUUGCAGAAAACACUAUGUUAAACAUUUUAUUCCAAAUUCUAGUUUUAAAUGUGGGAUAUGUGAAGAAAUGUUCAAAACUAAAGAUUUACUGGCUAAGCAUAUUUCUAUGCAUGACUUAAAAGAAAUGAAUAAAAAUUUUCGUUGUGGUUUUUGCAUGCGUGUAUUUAAAUCGCAAGUUGAUUUAGAGUUGCAUGUGCCACAACAUGAUUCUGGUCUUCUUUAUGAAUGUUUUUGUUGCCACCUUAAGUUUUUUUCUAAAAAUGAUCUUGAUAAUCACAUCAUACAACAAUCUCAUUAUUUACAAAAUGAUUCUUCUAAAAAUAAAAGUGAUGUUUCAAAUAAUGAAGUUGUUAUUGUUUUACAAUUACCCUGCGGAAAUUCUAAAGUUGAUAUCAAAGAUGAUACUUUGCAAAUAUUAAAAGAUAAUAGAGAUUUGCAAAUCAAUGAUAUUCACCAUUUGAUUAAUAAUACGCAGCUAGAUAAACUUCUUGUGAACUCUCCGCCAAAUCCUUCGUUUACACUUCAGCUUUCAGAAGAUCAGCAACAGAGCAUGCAAGAUAUUUUGCAUAAUGUUAACGUGCAAUAUUUAAUAACUCCACCCUCCAGCAAUAAUUUAGCUUCAAUUCAUCAUAUUUUUUCGGAUGAUCAAUUAGAGCAUAAAGUUGUUGAUGGAAAAGAUAAUGAUUUUAAAAGCCCCUUACAAAUAAUUGAAAAGAAAAAUAGUAACAGACUAAAUAAAAAUGACUCAGUAUUUAGAAGCAGCAAAACUUUUAUUGAACCUCAUUCACAUAUUCUGUUUGGUGACACUGAAGAAAGAAUUGAAGUAAUGGAAAGUGGAAAAUUUAUUGCAAUGGAUCUGAUUGAUACUUCAUUUGAAAAAUUGCCAAAAUCGUUCCAACAUCCAUUUGAUGACAUUGAAUCAUCCGUUGAUUCAAGGACUUAGCGUUUGUUAUAACAUAAAUUUAGCUUUUUUGCUUUUAGUUUAUAUAUGCAUUUUGCUUUUUCAAAUACUCAAUUUAACUUGCUUCGUUUUGAAACAUUUCUAUAUUUAAUAGUAAUAAUUAGUUUGUAUUUUUUAUAUUGAUAUAAAUGAUUAUGA